AUGAUUGAUCUAACUGUUAAGACUUUAGAUUCACAAAAUCAUACAUUUUCAGUUAAUGAUGAUAUAACAGUAAAGCAGUUUAAAGAACAUAUUGCUGAGACUGUAAACAUUCCCGACACUCUUCAAAGACUUAUUUACUGCGGACGAGUUCUUCAAGAUGAAAAAUUACUCAACGAAUACGAUGUCAAUGGAAAAGUUAUACAUCUGGUCCAACGAGCCCCACCAUCGCUCAGUCAACGCAGCAGCAACAGUAACCAAAACCAUACCCAGAAUUCAAUCCCGGGCGGUGAAUGGCCACCGAUGCCUCGGAUACACUACCGUCAAGCCCAGUUUCACGGAAAUCCGAUGUACGUCAGCUCAGUUUCAUUCCCUGCUGAUGUUCUAGAAGGUUAUGAAUUACCAAUUCCCCAACUGAACACUUCAUUGACCAACCGCCACGUCUCAGUGAUCCGGCGCAUGCUGGACCAAGCGAACCGCGUAAUAGACCGCCUGGACAACCCAUCAAGCUCAGCAGACUCCGAAAGUGCAUCCUCGACUUCCCAAACUCCUUCACAAGCUCCACAAGAGCCAGCAGCAGAGAGCUCGUCAUCCGAGUCAGCAGCUACUGAAUCAAAGCCUCCGACCCCGACUCCGAGUGCGUCGACCUCAACUCCGUCCGCGUCCACCGAGUCAAGCUCUACCAACGGAACCCAAUCGGACGCUUUGAUUCCUCGUGACCUAGCGGAGGUUUUCGACAAGCUUCUCACUACCCAAGACCGUCUUCGUCCUUACAUCCGCGGUCUUCUCCAGAGUCCAACAUCCGAGGCCACAUCUUCACCGGAGGAAAAUCAGCGCAUGUUAGACGGUGUUAACGAGUGCUUCCACUUUUUAUCUCACGCCCAGCAUGCGCUCAGCAACCUGAAUGUCAACAUGCAGCAACCAGCACCGCGGACCUUGCGUUGCCGACCGAUCACCAUUCAGCCGUCGGCAAUCCUGCAAGCCGGCUUGCCCAUCCAGGUCGAGGCUCAUAUUAAUCUUCACGGCCAGGACGCUAAUUCCGACAGCGACGCUGCCAGUACCACCAGCACCACCAAUGUCACUGCGAGUACCACCAAUUCUUCAACGAAUUCUACUCUCAGAGCCGAGCCAACCACCACCAGUGACACUUCAACACCUCCUUCGUCGGCAGAACGUCCAGCGGAAACAAAUCCCGCUGCAGCGGUCGCAGCAGCUGCUGCCGAUUCGCUCAGCUCGAUGUUCAAUUUUUCCAACAACGUCGAGGUCGUCAUGGAAAUGGGACCGCAGGCUCCAAGAGUCUGGACCUUCUCUACUGGAGAUCAAAACCAGAGCAGCAGCAGUAACAACACCAAUAACAACAAUAAUAAUAAUAAUAAUAAUAAUAAUAAUAAUAAUAAUAAUAACAACAAUAACGCAAGCACAGCAAACAAUAACAACAACAAUAAUAAUAGCAGCAGCAACAUGACCAACGGAAGCACCACCACUGGUACCAGCGGCAACGCUGGAGCUUUUCCUGGAGCUUUCCCUCCACCUUUGCCUGACAUCAUCCGUAAUGUGAUGCAAGCUGUUGCGGGGUACAUGGCUCAGACCAACGUCACUUCUUCGUCUAUUCCCGUGACUCAGUCGGUACCCACCACCACUCCAGGAACUGGAACCUCUCUGGGGUGCCUUCGUCAUCGAGGAGUCGCUGUUACUGUCGGAGAAACGACGCCGUCUCCUGGGCAGAGUUCCCAAACUCGCGGAAGCACGGAAACUCACCCCACGACCUCGACACAAACUCGCACGACUCCCCGGACUCAUGUCAUUCAACACGCUCAAGCUCUCGGUCUUGGACUUGCUUCAUCGUCCAGUGUUGACUUUGAUCCUUUCUUACCUUGCAAUUCGCAUCAUAUUAGACGUGGCCAGAGUUCUACUACCAGCACUGCGGCCUCUACGCAAACUGGACAGGGAAUCGCUGAUGGAAGUCAACCCAGUCAGUCUUCUGCUGGAUCUUCUGCUAGGACUCGGCUGACCACUCUCGCUGGAGUUAUUAAUCCUGAUAAUAUUUUUAAUAACACUCCGCUUGCCGACAGUCUUAACAACGCUGCAAUAAUGAGUAAUGACGAUCGGCCGUUGUCAUUUAAUUCAGUGUUGAUAGGUCGAGGAAUUAAUAUCAUGCCUGAUAAUAUUUUAUCAACUGCUAGAUCAACUCAAGCACUCUUUUACAUUAUUUACGACGUUUUGGGAAAAAUACCAAUGCAUUCGUGGAUAAACAUCGUAAACGGUGAUACAAGUUCUCUGAGAAGUGUAAUGCAAGAAUUGCAAGAAAAGCUACGCGCUCACUAUCAGAACCGCGAAGAAUCCGAUAUUCCCGAUGCAGUUAUCGAGGACGUCUUUGCGGAAAUCACCAUCAUCCUAGACGAAGCCUUUCGCCUGCCUCAUAUACAUCACACCUUUUUUGCCCAUAGAUCAAUAGAUUUAAGACAGACUGUCGAGAAUUUAAUUCGCAAACACAUUAAAUCUAUCAUCCAAGCUAUUUUUAGCAACGCUGAUGAUACCGUUGAGACAGUUCUCCGACAUCUGAAUGAAUUUUGCAGUCACUUGGGCGCUAUAUUGCGCUAUUCAUUGCGUCGUGACAUUGAUUUAUUAAAAAUGAAAUCGCGAUUUUCUAAAAUGAUUACGCACGGUUUCCCGAGAUUGUUACGUGAAUUUGUUUUUCAAACAAUAGAUAAUUUAUUUACUAAAUAUUCACGUCAAUCAGCGUUACCAUCGCAAUCAGAUCUUAUUCCAAUACUUGUUCUUAAAUACGAUUAUGGUCCAAUGGCUGCAACUUCAUCUGCACUCAAUGAAAUACAAUCAUCAUCUGAAGACUGGGUACCAAUCAUCGCUCGAGACGGAAUCAGACAACGUAGACAAUUAGCGUUGGGUCUAUCAGACAACAACGUGACAACGUUGAGCGACGCGUACCUCGCUACUAUGCCCAGCAAACGCCGCAAAAUAGUCGAGCAGCAGAAGCCCUCGUUGCUCGUCAGCCCGUCGAGCAACAGUAAUUCCGUGGUAACAGCCUCGAUGGAACGUCUGGUGAGGGAGAGCAUUGGUCGCGCCGGCUCCGAGGAAGUCGACGGUGCCAUCUCAGCUCUGAUUGCUGAACCGACAGUAAGACGCGCAUUUGGCGAAGCGAUACGCGAGAGUCUUAAUCCGCGGAGAUACGAGACACCUGAUUUUCCAGACUCUCUGCGUUUUCCCAACGCCACUAAAUUUUUCACUGAUCCAAAUAUACCACCGAAGUAA